AUGAAGGCGAUCGAAGUAGACCCCGUCGAAGAUUGGUUCCCUGAGCAAGAUGUCGAACAUUUCCCCUACGAGAAGACCUUUGAGCAAGCUGAAUGGGAUCCGUUGGUAGUUCUUCAUACCAGCGGAAGUACUGGAAUCCCGAAGCCGGUUGUCAUCAAGCAUGGUCUGAUAGCUAUGAAUGAUAUUCAUCAUGAAUUGCCUACCUUUGGUAACGGGUUUGAACCUUGGUUUCGAGGACUUGCAAAGGCAUCACGCAAAAAUUUUGUACCGAUCUCAAGUGCCCCUUUUCCACGCGGCGGAAUAUAUCUCUUCAUCUACUGCGUAUUAUACUUUGACAUCCCGAUCGCCUUAGGUAUCAGUGAUCGACCCUUAUCAAUUGACUUGGUCGUCGAAUGUAUCGAUAAUCUGGAUGUUGAGGGAGUUAUGCUUCCGCCAGCGAUGUUGGAAGAGAUGAGCCAAAAUGACGAAUGGAUUCGACCACUGAUGAAGCUUAAGAUUGUUAUUUUCGGUGGAGGAAAUCUUAAUAAAGAGGCUGGGGACAGAUUAGUCAAGAAUGGAGUAAGACUUGUUAAUGUGAUCGGUGCUACUGAAUAUACGAUAAUUCAGAUGUACUUCCAACCGAACCCUGAGCUCUGGCAAUAUUUCAUAUUAAAUUCCGAUAUACUCGGAGCGGACUGGCGCAAGAUCGAAGGUACCGAGGACGUCUAUCGACUAGUCUUUGUCCGACAAGAUAAAUAUCCAGGUCUUCAGGCCCAUCCAACUCUCCCGAAUCAUUGGAUAUACUACGGAAGGUCUGACAACAUCAUUGUGUUUUCUAACGGAGAAAAGCUUAAUCCGGUGACCAUCGAGGAAAUUGUCGUCGAUCAUCCCGGAAUCAAGGGCGCUUUGGUAGUCGGUUCAGACCAUUUUCAAGCUGGUCUCCUUCUUGAGCCUGUGAUAAAUCCUAAAAACGAUCAAGAAGCCGAGCAGCUGCUUGAGAGUGUCUGGCCGUAUGUUGCUAAAGCAAAUAUUGUAACCGCCACCUACGGACAGAUAGCACGCCAGUUCAUCGCAUUAGCUAGCCCAGAUAAGCCGUUUCACCGCGCUGGUAAGGGAACUGUACAACGAGCAGCUACGCUGAAGUUGUAUAAGGAAGAGAUCGAUAAACUUUACGAAGAUGCGGACAAAGCUUUCGAUGAAGUUGCUCCCCAGAUGGAUAUGAAUUCCGAGGACACGCUGGCAGAAUCUAUAAAGGAGAUAUUCGGAACUAUGCUUGGAUCUAAAGGGGAAUUCGAACUAGACACGGACUUUUUCUCGGCUGGGAUUGACUCUUUACAGGUUAUCAAUGCUGCCCGACUCCUCCAUAACGGACUGGAAGCUUCAGGUUUCCACGUCGACGCAGCGAAGGUACCCGCUCGUGCUAUUUAUGGCAAUCCCACACCACGAAGACUUGCUCGAUAUAUCUAUUCUAUCGUGAAAGAAGACGACAAUGGGAAUACUGAGAGAAAAAAUAUUCCGACGAAGAAGGAAGGAAGACUUGACCCUGAAGAUGAGAACCAGACGGUACUCCUUACCGGAUCUACAGGGAUGUUAGGAUCUUACAUGCUGGAUCUCCUUGUGAAGAGUCCAUCUGUGAAGAAAGUUAUCUGUUUGAACAGAGCUGAGGAUGGUGGUAUCAAACGUCAGGGACAAGCUGCCAAAGACCGAGGUCUUAGUGCCGAUUUUACAUCAAAGGCCGAAUUCUUACAUGCUGAUAUGUCACGCCCGGACUUUGGACUUCCUCCCGACGUAUAUAAUCGGCUGCUAAACGAAGCGGACCGCUUUAUUCAUAAUGCGUGGCCAGUUAACUUUAAUAUUCCUGUUGAAUCCUUCGAGCCUCAUAUUCGAGGUGUCCGGAAUGUUGCUGAUUUCGCGACCAACUCAUCUAAGCGCGUGGCUGUCGUGUUUAUAUCGUCCAUCGGCACUGCGGACAAUUGGGAUGGUAAAAAGGGGAAGAUACCGGAACAAAGGCUUGAAGAUCUAGGGCUGGCAGGGGGAGGCUACGGGCGUAGCAAGAUGGUGGCGAGCCUUAUUCUAGAAGAUGUUGCGAAAGUAGGUGAUUUUCCAGCUGCGGUAAUCCGAGUCGGCCAAAUCGCCGGGCCCGAGUCAGAGGCAGGCUGUUGGAAUAAACACGAAUGGCUUCCUUCUAUUAUUGCGAGCAGUUUAUACCUCGGAGUUCUUCCAGUUCAUCUCGGAAUUAUGGACCGCGUGGACUGGACACCAGCUGAAAGUAUUGCGAACUUGGUUCUCGAGGUCGCCGGGGUGUCCCAGAAGGUUGCCGCUCAGGAUAUCACUGGUUAUUAUCACGGCGUUAAUCCCUCGGUCACAUCGUGGGCAAACCUUGCUCCAGCUGUCCAAGAAUUCUACGGGAAAGAUCGUAUUUCGGAACUCAUUAGCUUUAAGGACUGGGUUGACCGACUAGAGCAGAGCCAUACCGGCGAUGCUCAAGAUAUAGACAAGAACCCGGGUGUUAAACUAAUAGAUUCAUAUCGAGGGAUGGCAGGCGCUUACGAUGCAGGCCAGAAGCCCUUUAUUUUCGAUAUGAAGCAUACGAUCGAGCGUAGCACAACUAUGAAGUCGGCUAAGUCAAUUACACCUGAGUUGAUGAAACAUUGGUGUAAGCAAUGGGGUUUCUAA